CUUUUUUCUAUCUGUCAGAUAAACCCAACAAUGUAACUGAACCUCUGAGCUUCCGUUCUUGAACUUCAUUCCUUAGAAAUGACUGGCCUAGCCAAAAGGCGUCGCACUGCUCAGCAAAUCCUCCUGCGACGAGCCUUAGCCAAAAGCGUUAGUGGAGGCAAGGUUUUAACCGAAUCGGUCCUGGAUCAUGGUGAUAGAGAUCAGGAGAGAUCCUCGUCGAGAGCAGCACUGAAACUGCACAGGAUUUUGGCAUCCAGUCCACUUAGAGUUUUGCGGGAGAGAAAGACGGCAGGAAAUCUGCCAGGAUGUGAGCUUCAAUCGAGGGACUCACUUUUGUGGGGGAAACUGAAGCCAAGUGAGGACAACCGGGCAUUAAGUGGUCACAGUUUGAAAACCAAAGAACAUUCCAGGGGCAGCUCUCGAUCGCGAAAUAGUACCAGCAAUUACCCAUCCACGUGGCAACUUAACAUCAGCAGAGCUAAAGAGGAACUGAAAAAGGUUUCUAAAGGAUCGCUGGACGAGAUUAUCAAUUGUUCGAUUCUCAAUCGUACCCCUUAUGAUCAUCAACUUAAUACGCCCCUGAAGUCGGAUAAUUCCUGUCAGUGCACUAUCGAAAAGAAGGCUAGAAAACGCUUUAAGAAAAACAAAGCGGUUUCGGUGGCCGAAACCCAGACAAUUAGCGAAGAUGUGACAAGGAAUUAUACUGAAGAUAUGAAAUCUCCAGCUCCAGAGGGAUUUCAGAAAUUGAAGAAGAGGGUCAACAGCGGGGAGGAAUAUAAGCCACAGCGAAAGGUUUCCAAAACUCCAUCAAGAAGUAGCGGAAACUCUACGGAUUUUUGUAGAUGUAAUCAACACAUUUCAGGACCAACUUACAAGGACUAUGGUGGUUAUAGUCCCUCGGAAACGGAAAUUGAAAUGGGGUCUGAGUACGAAGUAAAGAUACCAAGUCGGUAUGAUCAUUUAAACAAAAUAGAAAAGGUAAGCAAGCCACCUACAAAUGUAGAUACCAAGUGGAGAUUCAAAAUGCCCAGCAAUUCGGAAGUCCAAGAAUAUAUGGCCAGUAGAACUUAUGAAAACGUACCAGUGCGCCAAAACAAAAAUCUAGAUCAAGACCGGGAAAUUCAAAGAAAGUUAUUCAACUCCCAAUAUGAAAGGAAAAAAGUAAAAGAAAGGCCAUUGAAGUGUCAGGGCCGUAAUUACUUAGAUGUCCCGUACGAUUCUUUAAUUGAGACCCCAAAGGAAUUUUAUGGAAGAAAUAAAUUACCUACAAACCCAAGGCAAGUUUCGUUAGAAAACUUUGUUCAUCGCAAUAAUAAGGGGGGAUGCGAAGAUAUGAUGUUCCGUGGUAAAUGUGGAAAACAAAAUAUAUAUCAAGAAGACGUUAAACCGUAUGGACAAAAUUCUUCAAAUUCGUAUCAAACUACAACUAAUGAAUAUUCCUACUGCGAUCAGGAGGACUCAGAUACUCCAAGAAAAAGGCACGAUACACAACCCAAUUAUAAUCACAUGAAUAGGAGAUCCCAUAGACAAGCAAAAGCCCCAAGACGAUCUGAUGGUAAUGAAGAUUCAUUCCGUGGUUCCUUUGAAAUGGGAAAUGGAUAUAGAUAUCCUACCACGCCCAAAUGCAUUGUGGCAGUAACUCAGACAUCUACUCUGUUUUUGGAAGGACUUCACGGAAAUGAAGCCAACUAUCAGAACAUGUCACAUAAUUAUGCACAGCCCAGGCAACAAGUUCAAGAAUUUAAUCAAGAGCAACCAAGAUCGAAAAUAUCUAAGACAGGAAGAACAGCAACAUCCAAUUCCCGUUUGGUUGAAUCACACGAAGGUCAAGCCCAGGAAGUACAAUCAAAAUCAGCAGAACCUAAAAAUCAAGAAAAGCAACGUAAUCAGGAAAGUUUUGAACAAACGAAAUCGGAUAAAACUAAUUUUCAGUCCCAACCACUAAAUGAAGUUGAAUUCAAGCAACAAAAAACAAAAUCCCAAAUAAUUGAAUCCCAGGAAGACCAAGAACGUCUAGUACAAUCCAGCUCAGAAACUUUGUUGCCCAAAGUGACUGCUCCGAAAAAAAAGAAACUAAUAAGUACGAAAAAACGAAAAAGUAGUAGAAGUUGCAGUUGUUGCAGUAGAACUAGUUCUAGAAAAAGAUCUGCAAAGAAACCUACAACAAAAAGCCAAGUGUGUGAAAAUUGCCAAUGCAAAAGAUCAGAUGCAAAGAAUCAAGAUGAAAUAAGCAAGUCAGUAAGUAAAGAUAAAAUCCUCAAACGAGGUUUAUCCCAAACUGACAAUUGUGACGUGAUGGAAAUUUUAAAUAUUCUUCAAAAAACUGUGGCCGGUCUGCAAAAGCAAAUAAAUUCAAGAAAAGGAUUCGGAAAUUCAAAGACAGCAGAUGAAGAAGGCGCAAAACCUUAUUCUCACCAGCGAAAACCAUUCCGUAUGGAAAGAGAAGCAUUUGGUCAGCCUGUUGGUCCUUUCCAAAAUCAAUACUCCUUCAACGAGGAUACCUCUCAACAAAUCCACUAUAAUGAAAGGCCAACGAAUUUCGGUCAUAAGUUUGCUUACAGUGUAAGAGGUGCUUCAAACGGAAACGGAAACCCAUCGAAUAUUUAUUCAUCUAAUUCCUAUACAUAUUUUCCUGGCCAAGAGCCUUUCAAAAAUAAUGAAAUUUAUCAAGGCAACACAAUUAAUGGAAGGAUACUUCAGGACUCUUUUAAUAAUGGUUCCUCGGGAAAUGGACCAUAUACUAAUAUGGGAACAUCUAGACAAGCAGAAUAUGAUUACCCGAAGGAAAUAUGCGAACGAAAAAGUCAACCAUAUCGAACCCAGAAACCCUUUAACGAACCCACCAAAUUUGUAACCGGUAGCCAAGGACAAAGCCAUUACCCAACGGCGGACUAUAAAAAUCAAAGCAUAAACCAGAGUUUUAAUAGAUUCUGUUUAAAUCCCCAGUGCAGUAGAAAUACUCCCCAGAUGGAGGACUAUCAACAGAAUGUUCCGACAGGCCAACCAAAAAUGGAAUCACCAUAUCGCCCGGUUUCAAAAAAUACCUCAAAUUCAGAAAGACAAGCUCCCAAUGUAACAAGCCAAAGUCCAUAUUGUCCUUGUCCAAGUAUAAAUGAUCCAGACAAUGAACAAAGAAAUGGAGGAAAAACUUUACAGGACCGCCCAGAAACUUAUGUACCUAAUGAAAGAAGUGGUGUCCAAGCGCCUUUACAAAUAUGUAACAAUUCAACUUGUCCAUAUGCUUUAGAUUACUUUAAAUCAUGGAACAGUCAAAAUGAUGACCCCAAUUCAAAUAGAGCUGGUCAAAUGGAAAUCCAGCCGAGGGGCAAUCCUGAAUGUCUUGAUACGCAAAAGGAAAGAGUAAAUGGCACUGCACUUAAUUCAGAAAGUAGCAAACAAUCUGAGCAUUCCCCAGUUGAAAACAAUCGAGGAAUAGUAACCUUCCAAGUAAGCGAUCAAUACUGUACAGGUGAAACAACACCCAAUAGAGGAAGAAACUAUGAAGAUCAUACACAAGCUUGUGAUAACCCCUUUUGUGAAUCAGGCGGUCAAUUGCCCAGGUCGUUGGAAAAUCCAAAUUACCCCAAAGCACAUAGUGCUCAACAUUACCCAAAUUACAAACCAGAGUGCGACCCGGAUUGUGUUUUAACUGAAACUUUUCAAAAGGGUGGCAUCGCCUACAAUUACGAAUGUCUUAAUACGCAAAAGGGAAGGGAAAAUGGCACUGCACUUAAUUCAGAAAUCAGCAAGCAACCAGAGCAUUCCCCAGUUGAAAACAAUGGAGGAAUAGUAACCUUCCAAGUCAGCGAUCAAUAUUGUACAGGUGAAACAAUACCUAAUAGAGCCAGAAACUAUGAAAAUCAUACACAAGCAUGUGAUAACCCCUUUUGUGAAUCAGGCGGUCAAUUUCCCAGGUCGGGGGAAAAUCCAAAUUACCCCAAAGCACAUAGUGCUCGACAUUACUCAAAAGAAAAUUACCAACCAGAGUGCGACCCGGAUUGUGUUUUAAAUGAAACUUUUCAAAGGAGUGGCAACGCUUAUAAUUACGAAGGCUUUUGCGGCAAUCCAUAUUGUUCCGAGAAGAAAACAAUUAUAAACGAGACAGCUAGAUCUGAACAAGGAAAAGGCUGUCAGAAUUUCAUAGAUCCUUCUUUGGACUACACAAACAAUCCUGAAAUGAAUUUUUACAGAAAUUCUCAUAGCCAUCAGACCGAUGAAGCAUUAUAUCAACAAGAACAUUGCGAAUGGCCCGACAGAAAAAUACUUUCGCAAAAUCCAGAUGAAAGCGUGUCUGUAGAUCACUCUGGAAAUCGAGUUUGUUCUAAUCAUCCUAGGAGCCAAAUGACUAAAAAUUAUUUCCAAACUGCGCAGUGUUCACCGAAUUGCCCUACAAGGCCAAACUUUUCCAAUCAAGGUGAAAUUAAGCAAGGAGGUCCACGACUUACCGUAUUAAAUAGACACAGAAGGGAGGAACAAGUAGUUCACUCUAGAAAUAAUCGUCAACCAUUUCAAGCUACAAAUGAUUCAGAAUUUCACUCGAAUCCGAAGUGUUCGGGUAGAACAGAUAGAUAUUCCAAGAAGAUAGACAUUAAAGAGGAUGUUUGCAGCAAUUCACAAUGCCCAAAUAAAAUGGUACAAAGACAUGGAAUCACAAACGAAGACGAUUGUGCUUUAUUUACAAAUGCAAAUAGUCCCGUCACACAUCAAACAUAUAGAGAAGCGAAAAAUGAUGAAAACUUUUCAAAGAUUUCUUCGCCCAGAAGAGCACAACUACAAAACUACCCACAAAACGAGAUCGGGAAAAAUUCAUGUCUUGAAGAUUGUCCUAAUCUGAGAUCAUCUCCGAAUCAAAAAAAUCGAAGGAACACUGGGGCUGGGACUACAACCUGCGCCAAUCCAAACUGCCCAGAUAAUUUAAAAUCUAAAGUAACUUCGCAAAAAGAUAAGCAUUCUCUACAAAAUAGAACUAUAUACUGGACGGACAAUGUUGAAAAAAGCACAAAAGGGCAUAUUUGUAAGAAUUCAGAAUGUACUGCUAAAGCAGGUUUAAAUAAGGAUCGAAAUAAAUAUCCAACAAACGAUAAAAAAUGCUCGUCGGAAAAGAAGUGUGGAAAUGAAUUUUGUAAAAGUACAAAAACAAUGAACAGGACAUGGAAUGAAUAUGGAUAUGGGGAUGGUAAGUCGGGUAAAUUCAGUUCUGCAAGACAAUCAUCGCAAAAUGAAAAAAACCCAAAAGUCUAUGGAAAAAAUCCAGUCCCAGAAUAUGAAUUCGAUGAGAAUUGUUAUAAUAGGCAGCGGUACCAAAAUAUUCCUCAAAAGCAAACAUAUCAAGUCUGUGAGAAUCCAAAAUGUCCGGAUAGAUUUGAAGAACCUGUUCUCAAACAAAAGGAGAAGGAAUAUAUGAAAGAUUUGUCCUGUAACGCAUAUUGUUCUGAUAAACGUGGUACUUAUAGGGUUCCAAAUGAAUAUGAAGGUACUUCGGAAAGGCAGACAGAAUAUAGCGAAAGAAAAGCAACAGGUCAUGGAAAUUUUCAAAAGGAACAAAGAAAUAUGAAGUUACAGAGCAAAAAAGAUACAGAAUCAAGCACCAAAAGCUGUAAAAAGCACCAAAAAACUAAUGAUAUUGAUAAAUGUAAUAAUCCAAAAUGCCCAGAUAGACUAAAAGACGCUGACUGUUGUCAGAUAGAUGAAAGGAUGGCAAUGGCUUCUGAAAAGGAUCAGUGCGAUAUAAGCUACGAUUCAGAUUCUUGUUUUGAAGAUUGUCCUUACCGCCAUCGAGUUCUCUUCACCGAUCUUCGUAAAUGCAAGAAAAUUCCCAAGAAUAGAAGUCGCCAAAGAAGUGGAAAAUCCGAUAAUUACUAUAUAGAUCAAAUUGAAAAUAGAAUCUGCAAUUCAUGCAAGAACUAUGUCCCUCUUAAAAGGGAUCGUCAGGCCAUUCAUAGGCACUGUAAUUUGCGUAGCGCUGAAGCAAAAAAAAUGCACAAAUCCAAGGAAAACUUAAUACUAAGAACAGUCUGCAUACCCCCUGAUAUACCAGCACCGGUUUAUGCCAAACACAGAGAUAACCCCUUAGUAACAGAUCCCAUUUUAACCAGCUACGAUAAGCAUAUUUUGAAAAAUUUCGAAAAAUUCAAAGAGGAAGAAAAAAACAAGUCUCUGAAAUGUGCUGAAGAGUGCCCAUUCGUUGCUCAAACUGAAGACAACCCCCUUUUAUUGACAUAUUCCUCUGCUUGCAUAACUGAAAUAGAAUCUCAAAUUCUUGACCUUCCAUGCGGUUGCAAAAGUGACGAAUUGAUAGAAGAAAAAGAUACGGAAAGAAAGAAAUCUAAAUCUUCCAUAUUUAGUUCUUGUUUAAAGCCUCCGAAAAAUGACAAUGAAUCUGAUCAGGAAACAAAAAUAAAGAUAAAUGAAAAAAAUCAUUCUAAAUCGAGUGGAUUUAGCUGUUUUAGAAAAAAGAAUAAGAUUCAUCGCGAACCUAAAGAAAAUGCUCCUUCAAAAUCUAGUUGUCCCCCAGAAAAAAAGAAAGAGGCAGGCGCUUCAAAAUCAAGGGAACUCGCAUGUAUUCAAGGAACGGAAAAUUCCCAGGAAAAGUCCAAGCAAAAAGAAAGUAAAUCCCCUCGAUCAACAAAAUCAGGAGGGCUUCUCUGUUUCAAAACAAACAACAAGCGGCAGCAGAAUGAAAACUUAGAAAAAGAAUCGCAAAGGGAUAUUGAUAAAAAACCAGCCAAUGCUAGAAAUGAAAAAAGUAAGGAAGAUAGCAGUAAAAAACCCUCAAAGCGUAGCGGAUUUUUCAUUUGGAAUAGAAAAUCCCAAAUACCAAAGGCCAAUGAUUCCGCGGGUGCAGACUGUACUUGUAGUACCCAUUCUUACCAUGAUAAAGACGUUCCCAUUCUAAAAUCUGAAGAUCCUACCCGCUGUCUAUGUGCCCCCAAAGAAAUCUACGAUGGUGAGGUUAGAGUCCUAUAUGACUCCAGUUUCCGGUUUCAGAAAGAAAGUUGCAGCUUGGCAGAAGUCCCGAAACACACAUAUUGUCAUAACGAUUCUCAAAACCCAGGACAGGAGAUGGCGGAGAUCAAGGAGCAGGGGGUCAGUUACUGUCCAUGUACCAGUGCCAAUGGAUUCUAUAAAAUUGUGCGGUAGUUAUGAUUGAGAGUUUCAUUGAAUAUAUAUAUUUAUAUUUAUAUAUUUAUAUAUAUUUUUUCG